AUGACACAAUUCUCCUACAAAGUAACGGAUUUCAAAAACGGAGAUGAAGCUAUUGCUUUCCUGAUGACGAGUAAGCAUGAGAUCGAUUUAGUGAUUUGGGAUUUUCAUGUGCCCGAGAUUAAUGGACUUGAAGCUCUCAAUACCAUUGGUAAAGAGAUGAAUUUACCCGUAGUAAUAAUGUCUCAUGAACACCGGAAGGAAACCGUGAUGGAAUCGACAAAACGUGGCUCAUGUAACUUUAUUGUGAAGCCAGUUAGCAAAGAAGUCAUUGCAGUUCUAUGGCAACAUGUUUACCGCAAAAGUGUAUAUUCAGUUGAAUCAGAUCCUGAAUCAGUUAAUAACAAAGAAGACUCCAGUAGCGGGGAACAAAACAAUUCAUAUCAAAAAGAAGACAAGAACAAGAAACCGCGGAUGACUUGGACUCCUGAACUUCACCAACUGUUUGAAAAAGCCGUCCAGAAAAUGGGCGGUCUUGAAAAUGCAGUUCCGAAGCAGAUUCUCAAAUGUAUGCAAGAAGAAAGGGAUGUGGGACUAUCUAGAAACAAUGUAGCAAGUCAUCUUCAGAAAUACCGUCUAAAUACAGGGAAAAAGUCAUGCGUUGGCCAGGAGAGUCGAGAAGAUUCUGAGUGGCGUAAUGUUGGACCAAACACCACUCUUACGGCUACUAAGCCCCUCCUAAACUCCAGCUUCAGUCACCAUGCUAGAGGACCGUAUUUUGGUAACGGUCAAGACGCAAGAAACGCCCCCAUGCAGUAUCCAUCGACCAAUUACUUCACAAUGAACAAUAGCCAUUUCAUGACCAACUCAUUGGCUAAUCUUCCUUAUAAUACUGACUUGUUUCUUCCCCAGCAACAUCAACAACCACAGUUUCAAUAUCAGCCGUACUCCCAUUCUUCUCUUCAGUUACCUUCAGUGAUAACCAAGCAAGAGUCACCAGCCAUGGAAAAUCCCGAUCUCAUCUACAAUCAACAUUCACCCUACUUCGACUCCAACGAGUUUUUCCCAAAAGGACUCGGCAAUUUCGAUACUACUAAUGGUCAUUGA